CUGUUGCAUUGAUGUUGUAAAAAAAGAAAGAAAGGAAGAGAAAAACUACUGGGGUGGUUUCAAAGUAAUUUAAUGAAACUUCAUUCAGCAAGUGUUGGGUUAUUAUUUUUCCCCUCCGACUUUGUAAAUCCACUGCAGGCAGAAAAUCGUCACAGAUGGAUCUGAAUGAAACAGCAACAGCUGCAUCCACUGGGAGAGACUGUGAUUGACUGAAACGACCAGAAAAGCUAGUACGGGUUUUUCCCCUGCAGAAUGGAGGUUUUGACAUCCCACAAAGAAGUUUUAGCCAGAGCCAAAGGAAAACCACCAGAAUGGAGCUAGUGCCUUGUCCCAUGCAGAAGACGAGGAGCUGGGAAUGCGAGACAGUUGUUAGUAGACUCAGGAUGGGUAGGGGUCGAGGCAGAGGGAGAGGCAGAGGCAGGGGUACAUCCGGCCAGUUGCGGCCCCCCUCGCCUUACAGACUGCAGCUUUCUCCAUCCAGGGAGACUUUGACAUACGCUCAGGCUCAGAAAAUAGUGGAAGUGGACCUAGAUGGAAGGCUCCAUCGGAUUAACAUCACAGAUCCUUUGCCAGUUAUUACAGAGGACGAGAUGAUGGCCCAGGACAUUGCCGAGUGCAACAGUAACAAGGAGAACAGCGAGCAAACGCAGAGUAAAACCAAGACAUGGAGGAAACCUGCAAACAGUAAAAGCAGGAGGAGUGGUAAAAAUACAUCAAACCAGAAUCAGCGGUCUGGCUCCCAUCAGCACACGGGAUCUACGUUUUCCUUUCAGCACCCGGCUCUCCAAACCCCUCUGCCAGAGCCGACCUUCCGCAUGCUGAGUUCAGUUUCCCCCACAGAGGCGCCUCCUCUUCCAGCAGCCUACUACCGUUACAUAGAAAAAUCUGGGGAGGAGCAGGACAGCGUGGCAGAGUACGACAUGGACGAGGAGGACCUUGCCUGGCUGGAGAUGGUGAACCAGAAGAGGGUGUCCGAUGGCCAUGCAUCUGUAUCUCCGGACACUUUUGAGCUGCUUAUCGACCGCCUGGAGAGGGAAUCCAUCUUGGAGUCCCGCAGCCAGGCUCUGUCCCAGAAUGCUGUUGAUGAGGAUGCCUUCUGUUGCGUCUGCUUGGAUGACGAAUGUCUGAACAGUAACGUCAUCCUGUUCUGCGACAUCUGUAACCUGGCUGUCCACCAGGAGUGUUAUGGUGUGCCCUAUGUCCCUGAGGGCCAGUGGCUGUGCCGCUGCUGCCUGCAGUCCCCCUCCCGCCCUGUAGACUGUGUUCUCUGUCCCAACAGAGGAGGUGCCUUCAAACAGACAAGUGAUGGGCGUUGGGCCCAUGUUGUCUGUGCCAUAUGGAUCCCAGAGGUUUGCUUUGCCAACACGGUGUUCCUGGAGCCCGUUGAAGGGGUCAGUAACAUCCCUCCUGCUCGCUGGAAGCUCACCUGCUACCUGUGUAAGCAGAAAGGCAGGGGAGCAUCCAUUCAGUGCCACAAAGCCAACUGUUACAGGGCUUUUCACGUCACCUGUGCCCAGAAGGCUGGCUUGUUCAUGAAGAUAGACCCAGUUCGGGAGACGAGUGUUAACGGCACCACCUUCUCUGUGAAGAAGACCGCUUUCUGUGAGCAUCACUCUCCUGUUGGGUCUCGGCGAGACGGGUCUGGAGAUGAGUCGGUGGAAGGAAGGCUAGUGGGGGGCAGGGGUAAUCGGGGUCAGAGAUCUUAUACUCAAAGCCCCCCCUCAACACCAAACAAAAAGGCUACCAAAGGCCAGAAAAAGAAGAAUUCCAAAGGGUCCGGUGGGUCAUCACGUCGUUCCAAUAUUCCUGUGUUGCUUGUGCCUCAGAUCCCCUCUCACAGGCUAAACAAGAUCUGCACAGGAGUUGAAGUCCAGAGAAAGAACCAGUUCAUGCAGAGGCUUCAUAACUACUGGUUACUGAAACGACAGUCGCGAAAUGGGAUGCCUUUAAUACGGCGGCUUCAUUCCCACCUACAGACCCACAGGACUGCAGAGCAGAGGGAGCCUGAUGAAAAGCUGAGCGCUGCAAGAGAGGAAUUACGAUACUGGCAAAAGUUGAGGCAAGACCUGGAAAGAGCGAGGCUUUUGGUGGAGCUCAUCCGCAAGAGGGAGAGGCUAAAGAGAGAACAGAUGAAAAUUCAGCAGGCUGCUCUUGAGCUGAAGUUGACCCCUGCGCUGGUGCUUCUGAGAUCCACCUUGGACCAACUACAAGAAAAGGACAUGGCCAAAAUCUUCUCUCAGCCUGUCAAUCUGUCAGAGGUCCCAGACUACCUGGAGUUUAUUUCGCAACCCAUGGACUUCUCCACCAUGCGCACCAAACUGGAGGGGCAUGCCUAUUGCUCCAUCACUGACCUAGAAAAGGACUUCGACCUCAUGAUCUCCAACUGCCUCAAGUACAACUCCAAGGACACCAUGUUCCACAGAGCAGCCUUACAGCUGCGUGAGGUGGGGGGUGCUGUUCUCCGUCACGCCCACAGGCAGUCUCAGAACAUUGGCCUGGACCCCAGUACUGGCAUGCACCUGCCAGAAUCUCCAAACAAACAUGGCUUCUACAAUUGUACAUGGGAUGAUGUUGACUCUCUGCUGGACCCCGAGAACAGACUGCACUUAACCACAGAGGACCAGCUAAAGGCCUUACUGGAUAAACUAGACAUGGUCACGUCCAUGCGUACCAGUGGUGGCCGCACCAAACGCAUUAGACUGCUGCGCAGAGAGAUCAACACUCUGAGGCAGAAGAUGAACCAGCAGCAGCAGCAAAGCGCUCAGUCUGUGAAUGGUAAUGAGAAGGAGGAGGGCGGAAAGGAAGAAGAAAAAGAAGAGGGAGAGGAGGAGGAGGCAGAAGAUGAGGAGGAAAAGGAAAAGAAAAAGGAGAAAACAAAUGUGGAUAAUGGACUAAUGACAGCAGUGUCAAAUUCUGGAGCAGAUGACUCUCCACCUGUACUAGAGAUUACCUGCCCAGUAUCAUCACCAUUGCCAGGCGAUGCUCCCCUGGAACCCCCAGUCCUGGGCAUUGUAACGGGAGGACGAAGGUCACCCGGACGUUCCUACAAGCGCCAGAGAUCAUCCCGGAGUGGAAGCAAAAGCCAAGGUGAAGAUGAGGCUGAAGUUGGAGAAACUCCUUCUUCACAGCCGGAGGCUGUUCAUGAGGUCACACCACUGGGCACGCCGCCAACUCUGCCUUUGGUCGGAGUUGGUCGUCGCACAUCAGUUUUGUUUAAGAAAGCUAAAAAUGGCGCGCGGAUGGUGAAAAACAAGUCCCCUCCGCAACAGAAUGGCAAAACCUCUGAGGCUAAAAGUAACGGGUUGGAUAGCACCCCUGCCAGCCCAGAAUCACCCAGCGUGAAUAAUAUCACCACCUUACCUCCUACUCCAAAUGCCUCCCCAGCACCUCCCUCUCCCUCCUCACACCACCUGAGGUCCAGAGGCCACAGCUCAGAAAGUGAGGCAGACAAACUCCCUCCUCCAGCCACAGAAGGAGGCCUGACAAAUGGAAAGCACAGCUCUGCAGACCACGAUGAUGAUGACCCUAACCUAAGUGUCUCCCCUCCCAAACGCAGUCGUGGUAAACCUGCUUUGGCUAAAGUUCCUAGCAGUGAGAAUGGAGACAUCUCUGGGUCUGGAAAGUCUACACUUCUGUCUUUAGAUAGCGAGACCAAACUUGCACCUCUGGACCUAGUUUGGGCCAAAUGCAGGGGAUAUCCAUCAUAUCCGGCAAUGAUUGUUGAUCCUGACAUGCCCCAGGAAGGACUUCUCCACAAUGGCAUACCCAUUCCUGUGCCUCCCGUGGAGGUGCUCAAAUUAGGCGAAUGGAGGCAAACAGAAGAAGGCCAGAAGCUCUUUUUAGUGCUCUUCUUUGACACCAAAAGAACUUGGCAGUGGCUCCCUCGUAACAAACUGCUGCCGCUGGGAAUCGACGACACUGUAGACAAGCUGCGUUUAAUGGAAGGCAAGAAACCCAGCGUUCGCAAGUCUGUACACACUGCUUAUGACCGAGCUAUGGUACAUUUAAACCACGUGAGAGGAAAUCUGAACUUCACACCCUCCAAUUUUAUAUAAAUUUUAUUUGAAAGAUUUUAUCAUCCUAAAUAAGCUGCCUGGCCAUAUGUAUAAAGCUUCUUCAAUGCUCUUAAAAAUGCGGGAUAGUAAAACAAAGGCUUAAAUUCUCAACAGGUGUGGUAUUUGAAGGUUUUCUGCAUAAAACUGUUGGCUCUGAUUUUCUUUUUUUUUUUUUUAAUGAGAAGGAAAAAAAGUGCUUUUUUUUGUAGAUUUACUUGUUCAUUUAUUUGUGUAAUUUUUUAAAAAAUUGUUUUACACAACCACUGUUGCUACGUGUUCAUAUAAAGUUUUUAUUUUAGGCCAAAGUGAGUCAAGACUUUUGUGAGAAAAGUGUAAUUAUUUAAUCGUAAACAGGACUGUCUUGAUUGAAAAUAUAUUUAGAUUGUAUUUGCCAUUGAAAUGUCACUGUGUAUACUGAAGUGUGAAAGUUCCACUUGAGAUUCACGUCAUAUCUGGACUUGGACAGCUAUGGCCAUAUUUUUGUCUUCAGAACUUCUCUAUAACAAUAAUAAUUGUAUGUUAUCUGCGUGCAAUAUAUAAGCUGUUCCUUCAGACCCCCCCCCCCUUUUUCAGUUGCUAUCAAUUUUCUUCCAUUAAUUUUCAGCAAGAGUUUGACAGACAGAUUGGUGCAGCAUCUGCAGUGUUGCAGAUAACCUACUGGUCUGCAAAGCCAUAUCAGUGCAUUUACCACUGCUCUCUUCUAUUGCCACAAGUUGUGGGUGGUGAGACUGAGAUUGGGAUUGUGGAUGUAAGCGGUGAAAGUGAGCUUCCUCCAAAGGGUUCCUGGGAUCUCCCUUAGCAAUAGGGUGAGGAGCUUCGUUAUUCAGGAGGAGCUCAGAGUAGAGCCGCUGCUUGAAAAGGAGCCAGUUGAGGUGGUUCAGGCAUUUGUCUAGGAUGCCUCCUACGUGCCUUCUAGGCGAAGUGUUUUGGGGCACAUCCAACUGGGAGGAGGACCCAGGAAAUGUCAGAGAGAUUAUGUCUCUCAGCUGCCUUGAGAAUGCCUCAGGGUCUCCCCACAACUGGUUGAGGGAGGUGGCUGAGGAGAAGAAGGUCUGGGCGUUUCUGCUUAGGCUGCUGGCCCUGUAACCUGGUUAAGCAGCGAUGGAUGGAUAAUAUUCUAAUAUUCACAUCACAUCUAACAUGCUACUGCAGACAUUCACACUGAAACUAUGCCAGAAGGGGAGCCUAUAACUUGACUCCAGGAAUCCGUUCUCCUUAUUGUCGCUCUCCUAAAAUUAUGGCCCAAGUCAUUUUUUUCAGAAAACAAAAAACCCAUGCCCAUGAUUUAGGCAAAAAUAAUUUUUUUGUAAAAAAAAAAUGGUUUAGGCCAUUAUUUUAGGAGGCUGAUGAUAGGCUCAUGUUUGUUCAGCAGUUCAGAGAAUUUCGUGGUAUAUGCACCUUAAUCGUGUGUCAUGUGUUCCCUGACUGACAUUUCUGAGCAUCUCGGGAUGCCUAAAUGCUGCAGAUUUUUGGAAAUCUCAGCAUACUUCUCACACUCUCAGUAUGCUCUCACAUUGUAGCUGCAUAAUCCUGCAGUGAUGUCAAAGGUUUUUGUUUUUUUUUACUGUAUUCUGCCAGCAAGGGUCAUGCCACUUGAGGUCAAUUUUUUUUUAAAAAAGGGAGUUUGAUUUUUUAUUUUUUUUUUUAAACCAUUAUUACAAUAUUUUAUAUUUGAGCACAAAAUUGAUAAUCAGAAAUGAGUCACUUCCUUUUUUUUUUCUUUGCAAAUGAUCACAUUUGCUCAAAGGGAUGCCGUGGCAAACUCUCAGUCCAGCUAUGAUGUGUCGUUGGUGGGACUUUAGAGUGUUUACUUAAUUUUCCAUAUUGUGAAACUGUACUAUGAUACGAGAAUGUCGGAGAACCCGGUGCAGCUACCGGGUUAGCAAGAUGUGAAGCCACUACAGAGGUGAAAUGGAUUGUUAUGGGGGGGAAAAAGUCUACUGCGAUAUUUACUGAAGAUCUAUCACUUGUUUGCAAAUCUGGCUGAGAAGACUUGAAAAGCACAAAUGGUUAGUUUUAAGAGUGGGAUUGGUGACUCCUGGAGCCAUAUGUGUGGCAAAACCCUGUGUGUGUGUGUGUGUGUGUGUGUGUGUGUGUGUGUGUGUGGGUGUGUGCGCGCACCCGUGUGUGAGUACAGCAUAUACAUAUAUGUAUACAACCUCAGUGUAGUAAAAGUGCAUGUGUAUAGUUUUGUAAAUAUGUAAAUGUAUGUUUAUAUCAGCUUACAUGAAGUAAUUUAAGGAAUGCAAAAAUCGAGUUUAGAUUUUAAUUUAUAAUUUGUGGCAGUCGAGAGUGUUAUUUAAAAAGUAAAAUAUUGAAAAGAUUUAUGUAUGAUGCUACGUAGCUCUUUGUAAUAGUGAUGGUAUUCACCAACAUGUCGGAACAUAUUCUCUAGAAGCGAGGAGGCACAAGACCUUAAGUCUGUAGGCAGCAGCAGCUGCACCUGCCUACAGCUUUGUUUGUUUGUUUGUUUUUUCAUUGGUGGCACAGGAGAUUUUUGAUCUUGUCAUUUAAAUUGUAUUGCAAGAUCUAUAAUCUGCCCGAGACAAUAUUUUCUCACAACAAUA